AUGAAGUUAGUCCGUUUUUUGAUGAAGCUCUCGCAUGAGACGGUUACUAUCGAAUUAAAGAAUGGAACUCAAGUUACAGGAGCAAUUCAAGGCGUUGAUGUUGCUAUGAAUAUGCAUUUACGUUCAGUGAAGAUGACUAUACGUGGACGUGAACAAAUGCAACUAGAUACGCUUUCUAUACGAGGGAAUAAUAUUCGCUAUAUUCAAUUGCCGGACUCACUUCCACUUGAUACUUUACUUGUUGAUGAUGAGCCACGAAAGAAGCCAUCUCAGCGACGUUUUGGAUCGGGACGUGGGCGUGGUGGCGGACGUGGUAGAGGAGGCACUCGUGGAGCGCGUGGUGGAAGCCGUGGUAGACGUUAAUUGAAUGAAAAGGAGAAAUGGAGACUUUUUUUGUUUUUGAUCAUUAAUUUAUAUUAUGAGUUUUUGAUUUUUUGGUUAAUGCAGGAAAGAUUUAUAAUUAUUAGAAGUUUAACAUAAGUUAGAUUGCAUGGUCCACAUUUUUUACUUCCGUCAGUUUUUGACUUUUAACCUUAAAAAACCCCUUUAUGGAUCUGACCUGCAUUAAAUUUAAUAUCUUUAAUCACCACAAUCCAUAUUGUUGUGACAUUUUUCUACUUUUUCAUUGUUUUUACUAAUUAUAUAAAUAUGAAGUUGAAAAAUAAAUCUUGAUUCUUUUGAUUUGAUACUUUUACUGAUUUUAUUCUUUUACAUUCUUUUAUUGAUUCUUUUACAAAGUUAUUCCAAUCAGUUCAUUCCGCACUAAGUUUUUUACCGUAAAAUGAUCUGAUUGUUCGAGUUUAAAAAUAGCCCUGAAAUGUUUCAGCGACUAGUGCUGCGGCAAAACGUCCCUCACACAAAAACCGUGUUUUUAAAAACCCGCCUUUUGGCACAUUUUUUUCGUCUUUGGCACAAAAACUUUUCCAUAAAUCCGCUUUAAUCCAAUCCAUUAUCUUUAAGUUUCUUGAUAUUUCAGUUUUUGAUAUUACAGAAACCUAUUUUAGCUUAAUAUUAUUC